AUGAAUCUUUUCUCCGCCGAAUCGGGGCUCAAAGCCUCUAUGGUGGCAUUCUUAUUGAGCUGCACUUUCGUUACGACUUCUUACACCACCACGUUCGCUUUUGACCACCCACUUGAAUCAGCUAUCCUAGCCUGUUUCUUAACAGCUAUCUUUCUUUUGAUCACAAGCAGAUUCGCCGAUGCUUUCCCCACGCUAUCGUCUCCUGCACAUAAGUAUUCCGCCAUACCCCUCACAGAGCUGAGCCAUUCCGCCGCAGAAGAGCCAUCUUCGCCGAGUAACCACAAUGGUAACUUUCCUAGUCGAAAAAUACUCGGCUCAAGUCGGUGGAUUGGAGUUGGUUUACUUUCGGGUAUGGGCUGCCUACGAAUCGCUCUAUACCACCAAAUCAAUCUCAACAAUGAGUGCGCACCGGCGGGAUAUGCUUACAUGAUCCCAUUCCUUAUUGCGCUAUACGAUUACUGGCGCAACCAACGUGGCCGACCAAAACAGGAAUGGAUUGCGCCGGAAGGCCCUUCAAAUGCGCACCUGCGCAUGUUCGUUGCUGUAAUCAGCCGCGCGUAUUUCUACCUCUGUCGGAGCCGUUUGAGGAAUGUGCUAUCGGCUGUAUUCCUCAUGGCUGCUGGCCUUCUCGUGGCUACAUUUGAUGAAGGCAGGCAAUCGACAUAUAUUUGCCCUAUCAUCUCUGGGCUACAUCCACGGUUUCGGGCGUAUAGGUUUCUCAGUGUUACUUUGGAUACCCUCAUUCUAAUCGGCGCUGCCGAGUUUUGCCGAGAAGGUAACCGAUCCCGGGAUGGAAGGAAAAAGCAAGCGUUGGUUUCUUGGGGCUACGGGUUUUUUGGAGUUGCUGUGAUCUGUUUUAUCGCGGCGCUCGUUCUUAAAAAAGUGGCACCUGGGGAUGGCGGCUUUGUCAACUCGCAUUAUUUACGAAGCGCAGCAGGCCAAGGCCUUCUCGUUGCCUUUACAGUACUGUCCGCAUUUCAACUAAUGCCCUUUUAUGGUGCGGUUGGGAUCUCCAUAUUGGCAGCCUCGGUAUCCAUUAAUUUCAUGCUGGCUUCGAUCUUGUUUAACGGACAGUCUUUCCCACUGAUACUCCCCUCUCGUGCUUUCGCUGCACUUCUUCUCACCUUCCUGGGUGUGAUGCUAUAUCUCUGUGGCCAAACGGCUUCUGAAGAAGAACCGCAGUUCCUUUACGGAUUCAAUGUGUUCAUGCGGAUAUUUUUCUCAAUUAUAUUUGGCUUUGUGGUGAUUCUGAUCGCCCAGCAGCCCAGUGUAGCCAAUGUACACCCAAUCGACCUGCUUAUUUAUGAGGGUAGAAAACAUCAUGAUCGCUGGAAAUCCAGUGCCAAUGGCAGCAAGAAUCUAGCAGAAGCUGUUGCCCAGUACCGAGCGAAAUACAAUCAACAUCCACCACCAGGCUUCGACAAAUGGUAUGAGUAUGCCACUAGUCGGUCGUCUGUCGUCAUUGAUGAGUUCGAUCAGAUAUACGACAAUCUACUGCCGUUUCGUGCCUUGUCGCCGGAAGAAAUUCGGAAAGUGACUCACCAACUAGCCACAAACCCUUACAACGACAUUGGUGCAAUCAGUAUACGAAAUGGGACAGCAAGAGUUCAGCAGGGUAUCAAGCCAACACAUGCCUGGAUGGUUAUCGGUGCUGCUAAGAUAAUCGAGAAAUUCUCUGAGCAUCUUCCCGACAUGGACUUAGCCUUCAAUCUUAACGAUGAACCACGAGUUUCUGUGCCCUGGGAGAAAAUGUCUGUUUUGAAGGCUCAAGCGAGAUCGCAAGCACCUCCUCCGAGUGAGGGUUUAACAAAUGGGUGGUCGAGCGACCGUGAUGAAGGAUGGGCGCCCAUUGAGCCAGCAGAUCAGACGACGGAGACCAUGUUCACCGACAGCUCCUUUGUAAAUAUAUUCGAUCGUUAUGUGGGCGCUCUUUGUCCUCAUUCGUCAAAAGCUCGAUCUCGACGAAUGUGGGAUCGGCACCACAUAUGCAUGGGCUGUAUUCGUCCCCACUCCAUGGGACAAUUUCCGUCAGACUGGGCGGUGGCAACUGAUAUAUGCCACCAACCUGACCUUGCAUCCUUUCACGGAUUUUUCGUCUCACCCGCAUCGUUCAAGGUCACCCAAGAUCUUGCCCCGGUUUUUAGCCAGAGCAUGAUUUCUGGAUUUAGCGACAUCAUAUUCCCUAGUCCGUGGAACUACGUGGACAAGAUAAAAUACGAGCCUUCUGAAGAGCACCCGGAUCUGGACUAUGUGGAAAAAGAAAACCGCCUUUUUUGGAUUGGCGGCACGUCGGAAGGCGUGAGUCGCGACGGUCAAUGGCAAGGAAUGCCGCGUCAACGGCUGGCACACCUGGUUAACAACAAUACAUACAACAAAGUGUCAGUGUUGUUGCCCGCAGACAAUCCUGAUACGUACUCAUAUCGGAUUCUCGACGGCUUGGCUCCUACAGAGAAGCUCGGGUUGAAUGCUUCUGUCCACAUUACCGACCCGAUCGUGCGCUGCAGAACGGACUGUGAAGACCAAAAGCAGGAACUAGGCACAGGAGGUCGGGUCGACUUUCAAAGUCACUGGAAUUACCGCUUUCUCUUUGAUGCAGAUGGAGCUGGCUUUAGCGGCCGGUUCCUUCCCUUCCUGCAAAGUCACAGCCUACCAUUCAAAACAGGCCUGUUUCGGCAAUGGUUCGACUCCCGGAUCACAGCUUGGCUGCAUUUUGUCCCCAUUGAUAUCCGUCUCCACGGGCUGUGGAGUACCCUGGCUUACUUUGGUGGCGUGGACAUACCUGUCAGUGUGGAUGACAAGGGUCACCCCAAAGCCAUGAUGGAGCCGCACGAUCUUCAAGGGCGCUGGAUCGCAGAAGAAGGCCGCAAGUGGGCUGAACGAGUUCUACGAAAAGAAGACAUGGAGAUCUAUUUCUUUCGGUUGCUUCUCGAAUGGGGCCGGCUGACUGAUGAUCAGAGAGAUAUACUUGGAUAUACGGAGUGA